UUCGCCGGAGAACUCCGGGUCACCGCUCUCGGCGCCCCGGCGCGGAGAAAGUCCUGCUCUUCCGGUUCUCUGGCCCGGUGUUUGGUGUUGUGUAUCCGCACCCCGGAGUCAUGUCGGGUUUCAGCCCGGAGCUCAUCGACUACCUGGAAGGGAAGAUCUCCUUCGAGGAGUUCGAGAGGCGGAGAGAAGAGCGGAAAACCCGCGAGAAGAAAAGUCUUCAGGAAAAAGGAAAGUUACCAGCCGAAGAAAAUCCAAAUGACUCUGAAGUUCCAUCAUCGUCAGGAAUUGACUCCACCAAAUCGCGGGACAAAGAUGUCAAUGAAGGAGAAAUGUCAGAUGGAGUCAGUAAGUCAGUUCACAAGGUCUUUGCGUCCAUGCUUGGAGAGAAUGAGGAUGACGAGGAGGAAGAGGAAGAAGAGGAGGAGGAGGAAGAAGAAACACCUGAGCAACCCACUGCAGGGGACGUGUUUGUGCUGGAGAUGGUUCUCAAUCGUGAGACCAAGAAGAUGAUGAAAGAGAAAAGGCCUCGAAGUAAACUUCCCAGAGCUCUGAGGGGUCUCAUGGGUGAAGCCAACAUUCGCUUUGCUCGAGGAGAACGUGAGGAGGCGAUAUUGAUGUGCAUGGAAAUCAUAAGACAAGCUCCUCUGGCUUAUGAACCGUUUUCUACUCUUGCUAUGAUAUAUGAGGACCAAGGUGACAUGGAAAAAUCUCUUCAGUUUGAGUUGAUUGCUGCACAUUUAAAUCCUAGUGACACCGAAGAAUGGGUUAGAUUGGCAGAAAUGUCUCUGGAGCAAGACAAUAUUAAGCAGGCUAUUUUUUGCUACACGAAAGCUCUUAAAUAUGAACCUACUAAUGUCCGUUAUCUCUGGGAGCGAUCAAGCCUUUAUGAACAGAUGGGAGAUCAUAAGAUGGCAAUGGAUGGUUAUAGGCGUAUUUUAAAUCUUUUAUCUCCAUCUGAUGGAGAACGUUUUAUGCAGUUGGCUAGAGAUAUGGCAAAGAGUUACUAUGAAGCCAAUGAUGUUACUUCAGCUAUUAACAUAAUUGAAGAAGCUUUCUCAAAACACCAGGGCCUUGUCUCCAUGGAAGAUAUUAACAUAGCAGCUGAAUUAUACAUUUCUAACAAGCAUUAUGACAAAGCUUUGGAGGUGAUUACAGAUUUUUCUGGAAUUGUGCUGGAAAAAAAUACAGAAGAAGGACCUUCCGAGGAGAAUAAAGCUGGUGAGAAUGUUAGCUGCAGCAUACCUGAUGGUGUGCCCAUAGACAUCACCGUGAAGUUGAUGGUCUGCCUCGUACAUCUCAACAUCCUCGAACCACUUAAUCCUCUCCUGACAACACUAGUGGAACAGAAUCCUGAAGAUAUGGGAGACCUCUAUCUAGAUGUUGCUGAAGCGUUUUUGGAUGUCGGUGAAUAUAGUUCUGCACUUCCCCUCCUUAGUGCACUGGUUUGCUCUGAAAGAUACAACCUUGCCGUAGUUUGGCUCCGGCAUGCAGAAUGUUUAAAGGCCUUAGGCUAUAUGGAACGUGCUGCAGAAAGCUAUGGCAAAGUGGUUGAUCUGGCCCCCCUUCAUUUGGAUGCAAGAAUUUCACUUUCCACCCUUCAGCAGCAGCUGGGUCGUCCUGAGAAAGCUCUGGAAGCUCUGGAACCCAUGUAUGAUCCAGAUACUUUAGCACAAGAUGCAAAUGCUGCACAGCAGGAACUGAAGUUACUGCUUCAUCGUUCUACUCUACUGUUUUCUCAAGGCAAAAUGUGUGGUUAUGUGGACACCUUACUUACCAUGUUAGCCAUGCUUCUAAAGGUAGCAAUGAACAGAGCCCAAGUUUGUUUGAUAUCUAGUUCCAAAUCUGGAGAGAGGCAUCUCUACCUUAUUAAAGUGUCAAGAGACAAAAUAUCAGACAACAGUGACCAAGAGACAGCAAAUUGUGAUGCAAAAGCAAUAUUUGCUGUACUCACGAGUGUCUUGACAAAAGAUGACUGGUGGAACCUUCUAUUGAAGGCCAUAUAUUGCUUGUGUGACCUAUCCCGAUUUCAGGAGGCUGAGCUACUUGUGGAUUCUUCAUUGGAAUAUUACUCAUUUUAUGAUGACAAGCAGAAACGCAAAGAACUAGAAUACUUUGGUCUUUCUGCUGCAAUACUGGACAAAAAUUUCAGAAAGGCAUACAACUAUAUCAGGGUAAUGGUAAUGGAAAAUGUCAAUAAACCUCAGCUCUGGAACAUUUUCAAUCAGGUUACCAUGCACUCCCAAGAAGUACGACAUCAUCGCUUCUGUCUUCGUCUAAUGCUGAAAAACCCAGAUAAUCAUGCCCUGUGUGUCUUAAAUGGACACAAUGCAUUUGUAUCUGGUAGUUUUAAGCAUGCGCUUGGACAAUAUGUGCAAGCCUUUCGCACCCAUCCCCAUGAACCUCUCUACAGCCUCUGUAUAGGCCUGACAUUUAUUCACAUGGCGUCUCAGAAGUAUGUCUUAAGGAGACAUGCUCUCACUGUGCAGGGCUUUUCUUUUCUUAAUCGAUACCUCAGUAUACGUGGACCUUGCCAGGAAUCAUUCUACAAUUUGGGCCGUGGUCUUCACCAACUGGGGCUGAUUCAUCUUGCGAUCCACUAUUAUCAGAAGGCCCUGGAACUCCCUCCACUUGUGGUAGAGGGUAUAGAAGUUGACCAGUUAGACUUACGAAGAGAUAUUGCCUACAAUUUGUCUCUCAUUUAUCAGAGCAGCGGGAAUAUUGGAAUGGCUCAAAAGCUUUUGUAUACCUAUUGCUGUGUAUAAAGUACCUCAACUGAGAGAGAAUCAUCCGUGCUCUGUGUGUGGACCAGUGUUCUCCAAGGGCUUAGGAUUAACCCCCAACUGGAAAUGACAAUUUCAGAAUUAUCCGUGUAUUUAACUUUUAAUAUGUGAUAAUGAUCUUUCGGUAUGCAAAAUUAUCGUUCCUUUAAGAAUUUGUACAUUCUUCUGUCAUUUUCUUUUUAGUAAAAUUGUCCCCAAAAGUGAAAUGGAGAAUGUUAGCCUUUAAGCCAGCUUGGGUUGACUGUGCUGAUUUUUCAUUCAUACCGUUUAUUCAUCUGUGCGUUCAGUACUAUAUAUUAAACACCUGUGUACCAGGCCCUGUGAUGGGUCCUUGGAAUACAGUAGUAGGGCAGACGUGACCUCUCAGUACGGUUCUUUAACUACAGAACUUGAGUAUACGUUCAUUUGAAAGAGAUGUUUGCUGCGUUUUCCGCCGACAUUCUCAUUGUUGAGUCGUCCUCUUAUUUUUGCUCUGCGGCUGUUGCACGGGCAGUUUCUCAGAUAACAAUAGAAAAGGGUGUUGCUUAUUGAAGGAAAGACCAGUUGGGGCUCUUUUUCAUAUCAACACAAUUGUGUGAUUCACUUGGCUCCUAUGAAAAUGAUUUGAAAUGGUUAUGUAGUAGGAAGACACAUAAUUGAGUUAAUCUUUUACUUACCACCUGCAUGUAUCUUAAUUGUAUAGAUCGAGACCUGGGAGACUGGCAUAAUUCAAAACAUCCUGUUCCAAGGCAGAUUAAAAACAUGCAUUACCAGUGUUGGUGGUUUUCAGACCAAAAAAUAGGAAAAAGAGGACAGUGUUCAAUAAUGUGACUUAGUUUGCAUUUCAAGAUUACUAGGAAUGUAGGAAGACUAGGGAAUUGUAUGUAUGGAAUAAAGUAUUGCUGUGAUAAACUACAAGAACUAGAUUAUUUUUUUUUAUUAAAUAUGGUAUGUUUUUGAAUCUAAGAUAACAAUACUUUUAAGAUACACUACAGGUUUACUAACAGCUCCUUUCUUUUUAGGGGAAAAAUGUUGUAAUAAAUGUACAUAUGGAUUAUGAGACCUAGUCUAACUGUGGGAGGGAAACAAGAGACUUAGGAUCAAAGACAUACAGUGAGGGCUUUUUAGGAAUUCUUAACUGCUCUUUAUCCUUUGUAUACAACUUUGUAGUUGAAAAGCAAAAUUUGUAUAUAUUAAGUAAAUGUAUCAUGCACUCUGCAUGUGUGUAUUUAAAUGUAUAUAUACUUUAAAUAAAUUCUAUUUUUAUAAUUAAAAAUUAAUUCUUUCACAUGCUUACAUAUUUUAUUUCCUGCCAUUUGCAGGUAAUAAUAAAGCUGAUAGUUUGUAAGUUAGAGUUAUAUCUUUGAAUCCUAUGGAAUUGGAUAUUCUGUGUUCUGAGUUUUUCUUUUGAAUUAAACUUAGUGGGCUCUUGGGGCGCCUGGGUGGCUCAGUCGAUUGGAUGUGUGCCUUCAGCUCAGGUCAUGAUCCCAAGGUCCUGGGAUCAAGCCCCUGUUCAGGAGGGAGCCUAUUUCUCCCUCUCCCUCCUGUUUGUGCUCUCCCUCUGUCUUGGCUCU